AUGCUGGCAGCAUUGCCAGCUGCUGUGCCGAUCCUCACGGCUGUGGCUUGUCCGUCCCCUACCUGUUUCUUCCUGACCCUCUUCCCAGUCAGCACGCACCUGCAGGCCAAGCCUCCCCACCGCCAGCUACUGUCGCAGUAUCUCAGACUGUCCUGGGGCUGUUCCCAUCUCAAGUUAUGCCCAGCCAUAUCCUCCAGGGAGGUUCUCAGAGGCUCAACACAUGGAAGCCAAGCAGCAGCUGGAGACAGAGAACACUGGGCCAGCACAACAAGGCACCCGACUAGGACGCUGGGAUCCAGAGCCCAGCCAGAUUCCCACGGAAACACCAUCCAGAACGCACCUCACCUGCCCACCUUGCUCCGUCCCAGCAGGACCCUCAUUCAAGACAAGUCACCUUGGGGCCGAGUCACUGAGUUCAUAAAACACAUACGUUAUCACAGACAUCAGAGCCACAGGUCAUGCUCCAGUGUAGUUUUGCCAAGUGCAGCGGCCUUCCCGGAGCAGCCUCCGCAGAGGCCAGGUACUGUCUCAGGAGAGAAGACCUAGCGGACAUGGCCAGCCCCUCCAGCCACAUGUCUGCUCUGCCUCUCAGCCUUUAGGCCUGGACGGUGGAGAUGGCUAGCUAACCUGGGCGGCCGUCUGCCCCACGACCUCACAGCCCCACUGUUUGUCAGUCACACUGCAAAGCUGGGCGCCACAAGCACAAGGCAGAAUUUUCCAGCAGCUACGUGACGUGAUACUCUAAUAUUUAUGCUCUUGUAUCAACAUAACAUAAAUACUGUAAUAUUUGUUACAUGUUAACACAUAAUAGAUUUAUUGUUAUUUUUAAAUGAAUAAAUACAUUUAAAUCUGUCUCACUCUCAAUUUCUAGUAGGGUAAAAAUCGACAGAUGAGACCCACAUAAGCAAAGCUCUCUGGGGUCCUCAGUGAUUUUUAAAAGUGCAAAACUGGCCCAAGACCGAAACUCUGAGCCCCAAGGCCCAGGCCCUGGAACCCGCCCUGAGGUGUCAACAAAGCACCUCAGCGCCUGCCUGCCGCAGUCACCCCUCCUAGUCUAGUUGGUAACCCCUCUGAGAUCCGUGCUGUCCACCCAGCCUCUGCCCUACCACAGGCUUUGUCAGCACUGAGCCUGCAGCCCCUGGUCCUGGCGUGCUCAGGAGCUCAUGUUGACGAAUGCAGGCACAGGCCACUCAUGGACAAGAACUGGUAGCGAACCGAAGCGUGAGAAGUGUGCUCUGGACCAGGCAGCUGCCUCUCCUGGCCUCGUGGCACAAAUGCCUCACGAGAGUCCGCAUGAGUGACCUGUGCUCUCACCCACUGCCUUCACUCUCAGGCCUUCGCUGCCCCCGGUUGACGGGAUGUGGGCAAAACACACGUGGUCACGGGAUAGCUCUUCCCUGGGGCCCUGGGGCCCUGGGCCAACCUGGCCCAGCACAGCCUCCAUGACCAUCCCAUCCCUGGAGUUUUGCAGUAAUUUCAUUGACCUGUUUCUCUGGCUCAGUUCAAGAGGCAUAUUCUCUGCAAGAUAAAUGCUCAUUGUUCUUUUUAAACUGUUCUAUUAUUUUAAAAUUUACCCUCUUCUGAGGCCACACACAGUGUCUCAAGUCUCUGGGGCCCAACAUUGGUCAGAGUAUAGACACCCCAGGGGCAGCAUGAGGCUGCAGACCUGUGUGGCUCCCCUAGCAGACCCCACAACACAUGGACAUCAGCUUCCCCCCAAGCUCAUGAGAGUCUCCCCAGCUCCGCACUCAGUAGAACUCAUCCCAUCUGCUGCUCGGGUGCCCUUAGAGCCCUUCCCUGCAGCCCAGUCCUUGCUGCAGCCAUGCCUGCCAUGCCAAAUCAGGGCCAGCCAAACUGACUGUCGUCUCACCAAGGCCUUUCUCUAAGAACAGACUGGGCACCCCCUGCAGUCUGGAUCAGGCGCAUCUGCCUGCAGGUCCCUCCGCGAGCAUGUGAAGCUGAGGAGCAGAGGCCCUCGCCUGCAGGGUGGAAUGUUCCCACUGAGGGUGCUUGGGAGAAGCUUCACAACAGGCACAAUUGAGUGGAGCCUUGAGGGGCACGCGCAGGUGCCUCCGACAGGCCGCAGGACUUGAGAAGCAUCGGCACUGGUGGAAAGCUGCCCCGGCUGUGGCCGGUGAUGUUCAUGAGAACUGCGGUCAGGGCAGCCGGAAGAGUCUUUUGUCCACUCCUCUUCAUAGCCCAUGGGGCAGCACCUGGGACUGGCUUCCCUCCUUGGUGGGGAGAGAGUCCCCUGUUGAGUAGGGGAGAUUUCAAGAGCUCCGAGUCACUCCGAGGAUGCAGCAGCCAGGAGACCAUGAGGCUGUUGUCCCUGCUGUCCUGGAGAGGGGCUCCUGUGCCGCCCUGUCCUCUGGAGCCCUCCCAUGGAGGAGGAUGGGAACAAAGGCCCGCCUUUCCACAGAAGGGAAGAAGCCUGCCCUGUGUUUGCACUGGGCAUGAGCAGUGGGCAGACGCAGGCCCCUCCCUCCUGCUUGUCAUCACCGCAGGCAGACGGUGGGGUGCAGUGAAGUAGGGAAGGCACCGCUGUCUGAACACUUGACUCUUAGGAAAUAGCUCGCUCUUCCUCUGAGUAAAUCACAGGCCUCUCUUUCCUCCUUAUGUUGGUACUCUCAGAAACUCAGUUCAAGCUGUCUAGACAGCAGCCAUGGAAUCUGGGGCUCCUGUAACUGGAAAGACCAGGGAGGGUGCCGGUGUCAGGCAUGGCUGGCUCUGGGAGUGCAGACAGGCCCACUAGACAUCUGCCAGCUCUGCGGGUCUCGCUUGGCCUCAUUCUUGGCUGGCUCUCUUUCCACCCGCUCCUGACAUUGGUCCAUCACUGUUUGGUCAGGAGGCCAUUCCUUAAACCAGCUGCCAUUAUCAGAGGGACAGCACCCUGUGGUUGGCCCGGCAGGAGCACCACUCACAACUCAAACAGAGCAGGUUGCUGGAGGGACUUUCCCAUGGUGCCCGUUAAGCCUCACCUGUGUUUGCACUUGGCCCUGCCUGCUGGUGCUCACGCUUUUUCUGCCCACAUGUGUGGGGCAUCUGCCUGCGGCAGGACACACACAAAACAAGCACUGUGAGCUGUCUUGACAUUCCCUCCAGCCUCCUCAUCCCCCAACAAAAUUUCAGCCACAGAAACCAUGCACCUGUCAGCAGC